AUGAUCUCAGGAUCGGCAAAGAACAUGUACACAGAACCGACAAAGGCGAGACGAGGCGAGGCGAGCGGCAAGCACCACAAGGACAGCCAAGGACAGUCAAGGAAAGGGACAUACCUCGGCGAUCCUCGAGGAUCCUCAAGGGGAAAGACUGUAUGGGUAGGAAGGGCAGGGUAGCGGUUGGAAUGGGUGUGUGUUGUGUGUUUUCGUCCUGUUUACUAUGGCGACAUCCCCCCAUUUGUCGUGGUGAGACGUGUUCUAUACACUUUUCAGCGUGUGAAGAGUACUACACUUUUCAGUGUAUUUAUUCGUACAACUACAACUAUCCAGGGUCACACAGGAGGGGAUAAACACCAGGCCUUUUUUCUUCUUUUUUAUUUCUUUUCGUGUCCCACCUUCCUCCUGCGGUGCGUGUUGAAUUUUUUUUUUCUCGCGAGAAGGGUUCAACCGUCCCUUUCCCUCGUCAACGGUGCUAACGUCGAAUUUUGGUACUCACGAGAGCUUGUCAGCUAUAUUUCGCUUGCACCGGCACAUUUCGUAUUUUUUUCACCCCAUGGGGAUUC